AUGAGGUUCAACGUCGUCACCACCCUCGCGGCCCUCGCGGCCCUCUCGGGGGUCGCGUCCGCCCAGACCUACCAGCGGCUGGGCACAUGCCCUACUCUGGGCUGCCUCCUGCCUCCGGAUCAGUCCGACUUCCUGCCCGGCCAGCUGUUCGACCUGCGCGUCGAGGUGCAUGCACCCGUCAACGGCACCGAGGCGGCCCACGACGGCAAGCCGGACGAAAGGUUCAAGGUGACGAUUGCGAAGGGCAAGGGCAGGCCGCGUGACUUUGCCCACUUCUUCGACAUCGAGGAGCCCGAGGUCGAGAGGUGGGACUUCUCGUGGUACGAGGACCUCUUUGCCGAGGACGAGGAGAAGCCCAGCGUCGUCAACGUCGCCGCCAAGGCUUACCGCAAGCUCAGCCUGCGCGAGCCCGGAACUUAUACCGUCACGCUGCACUACUACGACGGCGAGACGACGACGGCCAAGUGGACGGUUCGGGAUAUCUCCAAGAGGCGCAAGGCUAAGAAUGUUAUCUUUUUCAUCGGUGAUGGCAUGACUACUAAUAUGAUCACCGCCGCCCGUCUGCUGGGACACAAGAGCAUCAACGGAAAAUAUCAGACCAACCUCAAGCUGGACGAUUUCCCCGUGUUGGGUCACCAGAUGACGCACUCGAUCGACUCGUACAUUACCGACUCUGCCAACUCGGCGUCUGCUCUAUACACUGGACACAAGAGCACCGUCAAUGCGAUGGGCGUCUACGCCGACUCGUCCGCCGACCCCUUCGAUGACCCCAAGGUCGAGACGAUCGUCGAGAUCUUCAAGCGGGUGCGCAGGGGUGCCUGGGGCGCCGUGUCGACGGCCUUCAUGGCCGACGCCACGCCCAUCGCGCUGACGGGCCACACCCGGCUCCGCGGCGAGUACGGCCCGCUGAUUGACCAGGCGCUCAACGGCGUGACCGACUACGAGUGGACCAAGCAGGACGGCCCGGACGUGUACUUUGGCGGGGGCGCCGAGAAUUUCCUCGCCGGUGAAGACUCGUACGAGGGCAAGGACUACUACAAGGAGUUCGCCGACAGGGGCUACGGCGUCAGCCUGAACCGCACGAGCCUGCUGGAGGCCGACCCGGGCGACAGGCAGCUCGGCAUCUUCUGCCGCGGGAACCUCCCUGUCUGGCUCGACCGAAACGUCUACAAGGAGAACCUGCAGGGUCUGGCCAACGACCCGGCCGGCGGGGACGGCGACGCCACCGACCUCCCCGGUCUCAAGGACAUGGCCACCAAGGCCGUCGAGAUACUCGACCGCCGGGGCGGCGACGACGGCUUCUUCCUCAUGGUCGAGGCCGCAUCCGUCGACAAGCAGAUGCACGCCCUCGACUACGACCGCGCCCUGGGCGACCUGCUCGAGCUUGACGAUACCGUCCGCGCCACCAUGAAGAAGCUCGAGGACCUAGAUGUUCUCGACGAGACGCUCAUCAUCGUCUCGGCCGAUCACGGUCACGGCUUCGACGUCUACGGAUCAGCCGACACAAAGUACCUCGCCGCCCAGGAGGAUGAGCGCCACAAGCGCCGCGCCAUCGGGGUGUACAGGAACUCGGGCAACUCUCAGUACACCACGGGCAAGCCCCCCAGCGGCAUCAGCUACGGAACCGGCCCCAACUUCCCCACAAACUGGGAGCCCCGGUACGCCAUCGCCGCCGGCUUCGGCGCCAUGCCCGAUCACCGCGAGAACUACAAGGUGCACAGGUCAGAGCCCCGCGAGCCAGCCGUCGAGAUCGUAGAGGACUCGGGCGACUACUACGCCAACCCGGACGACGGGAAGGACGGGUACCUCGUCAACGGCACGCUGCCCACCACCGAGGGGCAGGGCGUCCACUCGCUCACGGACGUGCCCGUCUUCUCCUGGGGUCCAUGCCAGGAGCUCUUUGGCGGGACUUUUGACAACAUUGACAUCUUCUACAAGAUUUCCGACUGUCUCGGUCUUGCCAGGGGUGCGGACUGGGACCGUGCGGACUGGGACCGUUCGACUGAUUGA